CCAGAUUCGAAAUUUCAGACCAACGUUCGAACACAGCAAGAUGGCGUUCACUAUUGAGGGAUUGAAGCGGAUCAUGGACAAAGGAACAUCGUUCACCGAAGCCAACUUUAAGUCGGCCGCCAGCGCGUACUACGGGUAUCUCGCGUGGUUUCACAGUGAGGCCGCUGAUGACGGAGACUUUAUCUGGGAGGCGAUAGAUGUUCAUGGCGGUCCUUUCACAUUGACGAUAAAGAAAGAACAUAAGGUAUUCGGACUGUGCAGAGAAAGCAUACAGGCUGGCUAUCCUCACAACGGUUACCCCUUCGCCCCCCAAAUGUCACCUUAUUCCAAGGUCCCCGCCCCAGGCGCAGUCUCUGACCGGGAAAUGGCUUCCACAGCCGAAGAUCAAUCAUGGGCAAGGAAGUGGCAAGAGUCCGAGCUCUUCGAGAAAGUGCGGGAGACCUUGAAAGAAUAUGUCCCGAAGACUGCUCUCACGAACAAGGUCGUCGGUUUCGGUCUCGGAGGCCAGAGCGAAGAACUCCUUGGGCAGAGUGUCCUCGCCGCUGAAGUCGGCGAAGUGCUGAACACGGAAGGGCGGAAACACUGGGGCGACGCAAGCUAUCCGGAAAGGGACGAGAAGACGAUGGAUGUGUGGUAUGAGGACCCCACCGCCUGCGAGAGCCUCCUCCAGUACGUCAACAGCAAAUUUCCGGGCAUCGAAGUCGAACUACGCGGCGUCACGACGGACCAAAUCACGGAUAUCAACAAAGUGCUGACAGAGGGCGAGGAAGCCUUUGUCAAACGCUUCGCGCUGCCUUAUCUCGACGGCAACACCUUCGUUGUCUCCAUCGCACCGAAACAGGUCACGCGCCAAGCGGUUAUAGAAAUGACGCACCCGUACGGGGGACCUGCAGGCAUGUUAUGCCCGAAGAUCGUGGGCGCGGACCUCCUGUUCUAUCCGAAAGGCGAAGUUGGCCCCGAUCCCUCUUGCACCCUCCUCGAGAAAUACAAGAAUGAAUGCUAUGAGAUUGACCUCGGAACGCAUUGGGAUCAGCCUCUAGCGCUCUACUUGAAGAAGGGGUGAGCUUGACGGCGGCUCAGCUUCGAAGAAGCGUUUGGGUAACUGAAGACCUCAGUCGGGGGGACUCAAGGGUCAAGCAGAGGAAUGUCGGUCUGGCUUGAAGCGGCGAUUGGGGGAUUUGAUAUGGGUACUGCUUUAAAAUUUUUUUUUGUAGCUAUGUCUCUCAUUAUAUUCCGACCAAUACUUUCAUUACUUAGCUUAGUUUGUUUGUACUUUUACAAUAUAUCCGGC